AGGCGGUGCGUCCUCGACUCGAAGCCUACAAGACCCAGAACCAUCUACAUGGCCCACACCCCCCUCCUCUUUCCCCUCCGUACCCUAUACUCCCUAAACACUACGCUCGCACCAGGCUUGUGCACUUUGCACCUCUGCGGCUCCAGGUUCUUAAGCAUACCACUCUUGCGAUACCCCUGUCUUACGACUUUGCACCUAUCACGACGAUGGUCACCAAACCUGCCAGUCCAGUAGAUGUUCAACCAAUAAUAUGUCAUGACCUCCUGCACACGACUUUUUUUGGAGUCGUUCAUCCACUCUCCACCCCCGAAGCGCCGGUACAUCAGUUUCGGGGCGUUAGAUACGCUUCAGUUCCAGCUCGGUUCCGCCAGUCUAAGCUAUGCACUUCGUAUUUCCCUGCAACAGAUGCGACGCGUUUUGGGUACGUUGAUUGUGGUAUAUGGCCAGCGCCGUUCUCUGACUGUACUUUUGGUAUCUCUAGUCCUAUCUGCCCUCAACCAUCGUUUGGCGGGGUUGAGGAAUUAUUUGGGUCGUCAAUUGCCGCUAUUCCUCAUGAAGAUCUUAGGCAAGACGAAUUUGACUGUUUGAACCUAAACAUCACUCGUCCUGCUCAUGCGCAUCGCGAGUCGCGUCUUCCAGUAAUGAUCUGGAUUCAUGGUGGCGGAAAUCGCGGUUCCGGUUCUCAUUGGCUCUACGAUGGUGGUUCUUUUGUGCACAGAAGCGUCCAAAACGGAAAGCCAGUCAUACUAGUCACUAUCAACUUCCGGCUAGGGUUGCUGGGUUUCGCAUCCAGCCCGGCCCUACGCGACGACAGUAGGAAUGCUGGAGACGAUGGUGUGGGCAAUUAUGGAUUACGCGACCAAAGACGAGCGAUGGAAUGGAUUAACAAGUUCAUAUAUGCCUUUGGCGGCGACCCGACGAAUGUCACGCUCUUUGGAGAAGGUACAGGUGCCGCCGACAUUCUGUGUCACCUCAACUCCUCCUCGAACGAGUCCCGCCCACUAUUUCAACGCGCCAUCGUACAGAGCGCGACAUUAGAUUGCGACAUCCCAAGUGUAUCUUCCGCAGGGUGGCAACUGUCGAAGCUCAUGUGUUCUUUACAUGCACAUAACGUCGAGGAUAUGCGUGCUAUUCCUGUCGACACACUCGUCUCACUUGCACUUACCAUCCGAGCAACCGACGAUGGAGUGUUCCUACGUAAGGGAUGGAAAGAUUCACUCUACCCUGAAGAACCAGAUGAAUGUGAAGCCAGACUUCCUCGAGCUACUCACCGUGUGGUCAAUGGUCACCUCGACGUGCCGGAACUUCACGCCCUACAACACUCACCUCAUCAUCACCAUCGUUACCUGCGUUCUUCUUCACGUUCUCCCUCUCGUUCACGGAGUCCAAGGCCACGAUUGCAUCCUCAUCAUGAGAGUCACCAGCCGCUGAUUAUAGGCGACUGUGGGGGCGAGUCCUUGCUCUGGUCUUUGCCUGCGUCAGGCUGGACUCCAUCAGGCGCCGUGAGACGUAUACGUGCCAUUUGCCAGAGUCUCAACAAGUCUACUGCACUUCUUCGUGCGUACGAUAUCAACCCGUACACACCCGCCGACGAACUUCCUGAUCGCAUACUCGAGCUUAUAAACGAUGCCCGAUUUGCGUGGCCUACGGAAUGCAUCGCCAAAACCGCAAGACAUGAAAGAGGAGGACGAAUGGUCUGGAGAUACAUCUUUGAUCAAGAAAGCCCUUCUCGCGGGACUCCUCAUCAUGCAGUGGAUUUGAUGUAUCUAUUCGACAACGUCCCUCUUCCCAAUCUCGCAACCUCUACCGCUCCUCCCGCCUCAUUCGAACUUUCCCCAGAAAUCUCACGUCCGUGUACACCUUCAACCCCCGAAAUGGUCUACGGCUCUGAUUCCUCUUCCGAGGAUGGCCGGGCAAGUCCCGACUAUGGAUUCGGUUGUCCUCCUGUUGUCGACGAUGAGUGGGGUGUCCCCAUCGUUGAUGAAUGGUCUUACAGUCGCGUUCGUGAUGCCAUUCAAAGCCGUUGGAUCGCUUUCGCAUAUGGGGAAUCUCCUUGGAGCGAAGACAAAGUUUAUGUCUUUGGCCCUGAGGGUGAGACUGGUGAACGAUCUCUGAGCAUCUUUGAGGGGAGGAGACGGGUUCGGUUGUGGAAGGAUGCGUUGGAACCGUUGGGCAUGCAGGUCGUGCAGAAGGUUGGGAUGGAACUGAGCAAUGGCCCACCGUUGACGACAAAACUGGGAUACACAGGCUCUUAGUUCCUGUUGACGUCGUCAUCCUCCAUCCUCUUCCACCAUCCCCUCAAAACUCGGCUCUUGAACUUCGGUUAUAUGCAUUGUGUUCCCGGACCAAAAAAAUCGGAAGGACGCGUCAUAUCCUUUUCGUCGGUGGUCUUAUGCGUUAUCAUAUCUCAUAUCUCUUUUCCUCUGCUUUCCUUAGGUUUGCUUGCAUUUCUUCAUCUCUCCCAUCAUAUCAUUGUACGAACAACUUCAUGGGUCUCACAUAUGGUUCUAAUUUUCACUUGCAUUGUUUGACGUAUGUAUUCUAUCAUGUAUAUUCGCUUAUCCUCAUACACCGGAUUUGUUGUUGCAUCCUUCUGUAUCUUCUUUGCUUACUCUACUGCUGCAUUUGUACUAUUACUGGGCUUUCAGACAUCCAAUAGAUGGGUUGUUGUAUCAUGUUGUGCUUC